AUCAGAUGAAGUGACGCGUGAUUUUGCAUAUGGAGAGACUGACUCUUUGGUGAGGAGAUGCCGUUUGUUAGCAUGGCUGCCUGAUAACCUUGAGGAUGUGAGUGAUGACGUCCAAGAACCGUCUGACCUUUACUAUGAAACAAUUCUGCAGGAGAACAAAGAGAAGCUUCCUAUAGACAUCCAGCUUUCCUGUGUACCAGAUGGAAAAGUGCUGAAGGUCUACACUGAGAUGAAGCAGGUUUUAGACCAUCUGAAGCAUCCACGUUUCCAGUUCACCGAAAACGAGGAAGAAGCUGACAUAAUCUGGGCCUUCUCCCAUAUCCGAGAUUAUCGAAAACUGAGUGAGGAACGGCCUCAUGUCCUACUCAACCAGUUCCCCUGUGAGACGGUGCUGACCACUAAAGACUGCCUGGCAUCUGUGGCACGGAGAGCCAGGGGAGGUCAGGGGGCUCCGUGGCUCCCUAAAACCUUUAAUUUACAGACUGAGCUCCCUCAGUUCAUCAGACAUUACCUACAGAGACAGGAGAGAGGACUGGAAAACCACUGGAUUUGCAAACCUUGGAAUCUGGCCCGCGGUCUGGACACACACAUCAUGAACAACCUCAACUACAUAAUCAGACAGCGAGAGAGCACCCCAAAG